AAGAGUCACUCCUAGUCGUCCAUAGUCGUCUGUGGGAAGUCCUGUAGCCACCGCGUCGUGUCGUUCGCAUCGUUCUGUGCUAAUGGAGAAACAGAAGCACCUCAGUGGAGGAAGAUUAGCUACCCGGCAUACAACUGUUGCUCUAAUCCGAUCUGAGAGGAUAGGCUUAGGACAACUACAAGACAGGAGCGAUACUGCCAUAUUCUAUUCGAAAUCUUAUAAGUCUUAUAUUACACUGAACCGAAGAUGAAGGAUCGCCUGGAACAACUAAAAGCGAAAUCGGAUCAAGCUCCUGAUGAUGUGGAAAUUCCAGUGGAAAAUAAAGAAUUCAUGGAUGAGUUCUUCGCUCAGAUUGAGGAAAUCCGCACCUGUAUAGACAAGAUGGAUGAAAAUAUAGGCGAGAUAAAGCGACUGUAUUCUGUCAUCCUCUCUGCGCCUACAUCAGACCAGAAGACACAGGAUGCAUUGGAAGCAGUUACUAAUGAGAUAAAGAAACUGGCCAACAAUGCUCGCAACAAACUCAAAAGCAUUGAGCAGAGCUUGGCAUCCAACACAGAGGAGAGGCUUUCAGCAGAUGUACGGAUAAAGAAAUCUCAGCAUGCCAUUCUUGCUAAGAAGUUUGUCGAGGUGAUGACCAAAUACAAUGAAGCCCAAGUGGAGUUUAGAGAGAAGAGCAAAGGGCGAAUCCAAAGACAGCUGGAGAUCACUGGCAAAGCUACUACUGAUGAGGAACUGGAGGAAAUGCUGGAUGGAGGGAACGCUGCAGUAUUCACAGCAGGAAUUAUGGACUCUGGGAUAUCAAAACAGGCACUAAGUGAGAUUGAGGCACGACACAAAGAUAUUAUGCGACUGGAGAGCAGUAUAAAAGAGUUGCAUGACAUGUUUGUGGACAUUGCAAUGCUGGUGGAGAAUCAGGGAACUAUGAUUGACAGGAUUGAGAGCAACAUGGACCAGUCAGUGGGUUUUGUGGAAAGAGCUGUGGCUGACACUAAAAAGGCUGCCAAGUUCCAACAGGAAGCACGCAGGAAGAAGAUGAUGAUCAUGCUGUGUUGCACAAUUCUUGCGGUCAUCGGUGGUUCUCUGGUGUAUAGCUGGCUGACAUAAACUUCAAGGUGAAGAGGUUGUCUAGUCUACAAAGUCCAGAGUCUCUAUCAAGAAUCAAGAGAAGCAUCAUAGUGUCGGUGAACCAUAAGCAUCUCUACUGACACAUAACAUGUUUUCCCGUGCUUGUUUAUCUCAUUUUGUCUUUUACAUUCUUCCUGUCUUAUCAGUUGGCCUUGCAUUGUUAGAGGCAUCGUAGUAUAAUGUGAUGUGCAAGCUACCUGUCAAUUUUAGGGCUGUGGUAUGAAAAAUAGCUUUAAUUUGUUUUAUGGGAAUUUAUGAUAAAGCCUAUAUAUGAUGAUAAAAGAUACAUAAGAGGCUAAGUUUUGUUUUUGAGGCCUCAUUUUUGUUACUGACAAGUGAAACAUUUUACACUACCAAUGUCAAAUAUUUUGUGCCCACUUAGUCCUUAUUGGGGGAAAAAAACUUAAACAUUUUAAUCAUGAUUUAGCUUUUAUUUUAGGAUUUGUCAAAAUAAUUUUAAGAUGGUUACUGACCAUUUACUUAUUUAAUGCGAAUGAGUAGCACUUUAUUUCUUCAGUUUAGUUGGUAUUUUUCUCAUAUGUUGGUGAUGAUAGUAGUAUUGUAUUAUAUAUUUUGGAGACACCGGAGUUAAACAGUAGUCUGACUGAGUUAUUGUCUAGACUGAGUGGUCAUGAUUAAAAGACCGGAGCUAAAAUCUGUGUUACUCAUUCUUUCAUCAAGGCU